AUGCCCACUGCUGCUGCUGCCGCCGCCGCCUUGGCAGCGGAUGACAAGUCAGCAUCCAACGACAAGGACAAGCCGUCCACACCAGCAAAGCCCUCGGACUCGACGAUCCACACACCGAAAGACGCCUCAACACCCUUGCCAUCCACAUCCGGCGCCGCAAGCUCAGCCGCACCUGCCAACGAGGCUUCGAAAGGCAGCGUGUUUAGCAGCCCGGACAUGACGGCUGCCGUGCUUGCCUAUCUCCAAAGACGCGGCUUUGAUCGGGUCGAGGCUGCUUUCAAGGCCGAGCUUGACGCUCUAGCUUCUGGUGCGACCGCCGAGCAAGCGGCUGCAGCUGCCGAUGUGCUUGGUCGUGCUCCUACGGUUGGUAUCGAAGAUCUUGCUGCCAAGAAUGCCCCGCGUACUCCUGCGGACAAGGACGGCGACAAGGACAAGGAAGGAGCGGAUGCCACCAGCAACAAGACCCAGAACGCAGCUGCAGCUGCAGACGCAGACAUCACGUUCGCCGAAGAUGGCGACGUCUCGGCUGCUGCCACGCAGGCACUCCUUCUCGACCCUACAGACCGUGCGAGAGGAUUCGCCAUGCUCAAGUCGUGGUGCCAAGGAAGUCUUGACAUUUACCAGCCCGAGCUGUUGCCUAUCUUACUUCCGCUCUUUGUGCACUCGUUCCUCGACCUUGUCUUGAUGGGCCAAGGUCCGGCUGCCUCUGCCCUCUACACAGCCCACGCCUCCUCGUUCCUCCCCACCCACACUGCGUUGCUCUCUCAGAUUCGAUCGCUGGCACUCCCAUCGCACAUUCAGUCGGAUCCACUCGCGCAGCGAUUCCGAUCCGAACGUUACGUCAUCAAAAUGUCCAACACCGUCUUUAGCCUGCUCCUUGGUUGGCUGACCGACGGCGGUGGACCAGUCUCUGGCUCUGCCAACGGCUUGGACGAAGCAGAAGGCCCCGCGAGGCGCGGCAGAGAGGCCAUGCUCAAGAUCAUCAACGAGAGAUGCCGGAUCCAGGUGCUACACGCUCAGCCGUACCAGAUCGACGCUGCCGUGCUGGAGGAAGGCACGGGUCUGACGGGCGCCGGUCCGACGUACUCGAGCAUCACCGCCGGUGCAUCCGGUCGAAGUCGCAUCCACUCCUCCUUGGCCAAAAAUGCGGUCUCGGAGGGAGACGCACUCGCCGAGUUCAACGCCAAAGCUGCGGGUCCUCAGCUCAAGCUUCAUCCGACGGUGCCGUUGACCGAAAGGCUGGAGAACGAGGUUGCGAAGGAGCUGCAGGAAGUUGAGCGGCGUGAAAAGGAGACGACCGCUGCAGUGCAAGCAGACGAAGCCAAGAACAAAGAUGUCGAAGCCUCAAACGCUGCUACUGCCGGUGGUGCAGGUGUGAACCAAGAAGGUGCAGAGGGAGGCGAUGUGAGUCAGCAGCAAGACGGCGAUACCACGAUGCAGGAUGCUGCCCCAACUGAGGCCGGUGAAGACGAGGAUGCUGCUUCGAGGGCGAGGACAGCAUCUGUGCGUCCGUCGGAACCGCCGUCGUCGUCGGCCGCAGGAACGGCUCCCCCAGCGAGUGCGGCUGAAGCCCGAGCAGCCGCCGGCUCAUCUGGUCCUGACUUUUCGGUGGGACUCCUGGCAGCCAGCAUCACCGACCUUCCACCUCAAGCUCCCACCUUCCGCACCGUCGACGUCAAGCGCGAGGUGCAACGCAUCCGCGAUGCACGCAAACGCAUUCGUCUCGAUCCAGCGCUACUCACCGGCUCCGCAGCGGCGACCUCAGCUGCCUUCACCUCGGGGGUACGUGAUCCCAGCAUCAACGCGCUGGGCGAGCAAGGAGCCAAUGCAGCACGUGUGGCUGCUCUGCCCUCGGUGUGCGCCUACACGUUCCACGAUGCCGACGACGGCAUCACAUGCUCGACAUUUUCGGACGACAUCACGCUCAUGGCGGCCGGGUUCGAAGAGUCAUUCGUCCAAGUCUGGUCGCUGAAGGGCGAGAAGCUACGCGGGAUCCGGGGCAAUCCGAACCUGUCGUCAAUCCGCGAUAGUCGCACGCUAGGCAGGCAAAGGGAGGCGGAGGGAUACUCGACGCGGCGGCUGAUAGGUCACUCCGGCCCGGUGUACGGAGUCGAUUUCGACCCUGUGGGUGGCUCAGCGAGUGCGCCAAGGCAUCUGCUGAGUUGUUCGGCGGACGCGACCGCGCGCCUAUGGAGCCUGGAUACGUACAGCGCGCUCGUGGCGUACCGGGGUCACCAGCACCCUGUGUGGGACGUACAGUGGAGUCCGAUCGGCACGUACUUUGCCACGGCGAGCGCGGACAAGACGGCGCGGCUGUGGAGUACUGAGCGCGUCAACCCGCUGCGCAUGUACGCUGGACAUUUGUCGGAUGUCGACUGCCUCACGUUCCAUCCGAACAGUCUGUAUCUGGCUACAGGAUCGUCCGAUAGGAGUUGUCGGUUGUGGGACGUGCAGAGGGGCGCAUGCGUGCGGCUGUUCGUGGGACACCAGUCGGCGAUAUCCUGCGUCAAGGUGAGCCCCGAUGGGCGGUACCUUGCGUCCGCGGCGAGCGGCAAUGGAACGUCGGCGCAAUUUGCGGGCGUUGAUGGCGUGGAUCCGGUAUCGAGUGGGUCGCAUGUCAACGACGUGAGUGUGUCGUUGUGGGACCUGGCGAGUGGAAGGAGGAUCAAGAAGAUGUGGGGCCACAGCGAGCGCGUGUAUUCCAUGGACUUCUCCGCGGACGGGUCGCUGCUCGUCACGGGCAGUGAGGACUGUAGUGUAAGGUGCUGGGACGUGCGCGCGGUGGGUGGCGCGAGAAAGACGCCGCCAAAAGGGUCAUUGGAGGCUCAACAAGCUGUGGCGACAGGAGGAGCGGGAGCAUCAGCUGUGCCGGCGGUGGGACAGUUGGCAAAUGCCGGGUUGACAGCAGCUGCCGCGGCGGCCCAGGUCGGUGGCGCGGAUCUGGCCAGCACGAGCGCCGAUUGCGUCGCUACGUUCCAUACCAAGAGGACGCCCGUGCUGGACGUUCACUUCACGCCCAGGAACCUGUGUCUCGUAGCAGGCGUCUACGAGGAUUGA